UGCCCCUACGGCAUCCGCUGCCAUUUCGUGCACAACGCCGAAGACGAUCACGCGCAAUCCCGACCCCAGACCUCCAACCCCGCUGUCCAACGGCCUCCCCUCCUCAAGCAGAGCUUCAGCUUCGCGGGGUUUCCCACAGCUCUAGAACCCCCCCUAGCGCCUUCCGCGUUCCUGCGCACACCUUCCGUUUCGACUCCGACAUCGACUGCCAUGUCCGACCUUCUCUCCCUGGCCUUCCCCGAUAUAGACCCCAACACCCUUCUGGACCAGGCCCGAGAGUCGCAGCCUCAAUUUCUGCCCUCUCCUGACUCUGGUUUCUCGCACUCGGGACUGACGCCCACUUUGUCGCCAACCCAGCUCGCCCCUUCCCAGCCUGAGGCCUGCUUGCGACAGAGUCCCACCGGCGGGGCUUCCCUAGGCCUCCGAAGCCUAUCCCACACCUCUCUCUCAGACCACGAGGGUGGCAGCUGCAGUUCAUCCAGCAGCAUGAGUGGCUCCGAAUCGUCUUUCGGACCCGAAGCCAGCGGGCGCAGGCUUCCCAUCUUCAGCCAGCUUUCGGUACCCGAUGACAGCGUCUACGAUGAAGGCAGCAACUCCGGCACAAGCUUCUUCCUGUAGACUGUCGCUCCUCACAGGGACUGAACUGUAUACUGUGGUAUACCUACUGUAUUAUAUGGCAGAUACUUGACAUUUUAGUUAAGCUCAGAGUGAAACAUACUGUUUGAAGGUACUGAAUGUUGAAAUGAUUCUUUAAGUGGGGUUUCAUGUGCUUUUAAGUGGAGUGAUUCUCCAGGUUUUAUUUUUGAUGACUGAAAAGACAAGUGGGGAAAAUAAUUAACUUGGAAAGUUCUGACAUUGAGAUGUUGUUUGGUAACAUAUGAAGCUGUUAACUUUUAAGAUGCAUUUAGCAAUCAGCUAUUUACAAAAUUAUUGUACUGAAAUAGCCAAAGAGAGGUUAUGACAAGGUCUUUUUCAAUAUUUGAGAGAUUCAUUGUACUUGUUCUAACUAGAGACCUUUUUUUUUCCUUCUUUAGUUUGUAUACUUCCAUUUGUAAACU